GAGCAGGUGGCUUUUUAUUUACGCUGUUGCCUUUGCCUAUUAAAAGCCGUUACAACUGGUGAUUGUCGAAGUUGAAGUUUUUCGAUUUGUUCAACAACGAAAAAGACAAACAAAAGUCAAAAAAUUCUUCGAAAAAUCAUCGAAGUAAGUAUUUCAGAACUUAUGAAAAUUUCCGAGAUUUUUUUUUGAAAAAAAGACCAUCGAAAUUAUCUGAAGAAAUAAGUAUAAAAAAUGGUGCAAUGCGAUAAGAGCCAUAGCGAAUCGAUGGCAACAAAACCGAUCGGUGAAAUUGUUCAAACUGUUUUAUCGGUGGCAAAAAAUACACAUCGAAUUACAAGCGGUUUUUCUGAUGCAAUAAAGCUGUUAUCAAAUACACCCGAAGAUGCGCAGUUUUGUUUUUUAGCCGAACCAAAGCGUGGUGAUAGCGCCACACACAUGCACGAGGUAUUGCUGCAAGCAUUUUGCUACGAACAUGGCAUCUAUAUCAUUAAAGUGGAUAGCGGACGAAAAUUGGCACACGUUUUGGGUACAUUCACUUCGGACGAAACAUGCGUUUUGAUACGGAAGAAUACAACCGGAAAUAAUAACAAUAUCACACCGGACACCGACAAUGAUGAUGAUGCAAAAGCAGCAACCACCUCAAGAACCGGACCUGGUUCCAAUGAAGAGGAUAUUUUGGUGAAUUUCUGUGAAAAUUCUUGGCAUAGUGCCGACUAUUGCAUAGUUAAAUUACCGGAAUCAUGAAUAAAUCUGAUUUCAUCGUCAUCGCCAUCAAUUUCAAAUGAACAAUUCGAUUCAUUUGGAAAUCAAUUAUCACUUUUUCACUGUGUGAAAUUCUCCAACUGCGCCGAAUCUGAACAACAUGAUUUUAAUUGUUCACGCGUCCCAUGCGUGCUACAUCGCAGAUACAUACGUAAUUCUUCAAUGAAAUAUGCAAAAACAAUUGAAAAAAUCGCUUAAAUAUAGAUUUUAAAUAUAUAUAAUUUAAUCUAAAUAAAUGUGUUAUAUAUGACCGUAUACGAGGGUUCCGCUCUGAAAUUAGACAAAAAAUAAUUGUGAAAAAUCACUGACUUGAUGUGAAAUGGCAAUAAACUGAAAUGCGAUACAAAAUAUGCACGUAGGAAAAAAACGGUUUUUUUUUCUUCACAUUAUUUGAUUGCAACGCAUUUAAGGGCUACAUUUUUUUCGUUAACGUUAACUUCGUCGUAAAACAAUUUUAUUACUGUAGUAACUUUUUUCGUUCGUUGUAAGCUUUUUUUUCUUCUCUUGUUUAAAUUUUACGUUGAAUUAAGUGUCACAACGUUAAAGUAUCAAAUGUACAACCCAAAUUUUUGCAUUGAACACGUUAGGCAAAUGCAUCAAAUGCGUUAUACAAAAUUGCAAACGAAAACACAAUACCAUACAUAUUCAAACUGAUCUAUUUUUAAACAAGUUGCUAUUGCUGUUGUAUACAUAUAAAUAUGUUGUUUUUUUUUUUCAAUUCGCCAAUGGUGUUAUUUUCAUUCGAAGUUUGUUUUGAUCGUUUGUCGCUCACACAAAAGAACUGUGAAUUUCGACAUGUUCAAUUCAGGUGUUUAGUUAUGCUUUUA